UUUUCGCACGUUUCCCGGCAUCAAUAGUGUGUAGACAGUGAUCGCGAAAAAUCAUUGUCGUUAUCAUGUUACCUACGUUUGCGGUAUGUUUUUUGGCAACAACAGCGCUGGCGGCGUGCAACACUAAGACUAAGGUACACUACGUACGGGUCGACGACAAGUCACGCCAUGGUGAUCCGUACUAUUACCCUGAACGGUUGCAGUCUCGAGCUUCGUCCAUUUUUGGACCUUCCAUUCAGACCUCAGCUGCUGGGUUCCCGUAUCGAUUUGUUUUUCCAGCCAAUCAUCCAGCUCUUAGCGGACCCAUGUACUCACAGUUCGUACAACACCCACACCAGCCCGAACCUGCAACUUACUCGGCCGAGGACUUAUUCGGGCCACAGCCGGUAGCCAAGCAACAUCCGCUGUCCGAUCUCAAACAUCGUCAGCACCAACAACAGCAACAACAACAGCAACAGCAACAGCAACAACAACAACAACAGAACCAGCACCAGCAACAUCAACAGCAAAUUGGCUACGAGUCAUUGGCUAAAAUGCAAUACGACUUCCUCGGGAGCGGCGGUAGUGGUAGUGGAAAAAUACAACAUCAACAGCAACCCUCUGCAACUUAUCAUCACCACAUGAUAAAACAGCCGAAACACUAUCAGAGCUACGAGUUAGCGCCGAACACGCUGCAGCAGCCUCUGCAUCAGUCACCUUAUCAACCAACAACGGCUUCCGUCGGCCAGCCGAUAAUGCUGCUCAUACCUUCUUCCGGUCAGCCCGGCGCUCCAUAUCAGACCCUGGUCCUGGUCCCAUCAUCGGUGUCACCGUCUCCACUUCCACCGCCAGUACCGCUGUUCUCGGGUUUCCACCAACAGGUCCAGCACCAGCACGGACCACCCAACCAACAGUUUGUUCAGCAACCCGGCAGUUUUAUCACCACGCAUCCGCGCGGCGUUCCACUUGUAGCCGGAUUUCCACCAGGUCUCAGCGGUGGAAGUUUCGGCGGCAGCCUAAAUUUGGGCGGUGAAACCGUCGCCGGGCUUGGAAAGUUUCCGGGAGCGCAACUGUUCCACCGGUCGCACGAUACGCUCCCGAAACACUCGAACCAUCAACAGCACCAGCACAAGACAUCGCCAUCGAGAUCGUUGCUGCAGCAAACAUCUUACCAAGGUUCUGGGUCGACGCACGUGUCGCAUACUACAGCUGCUGAAUCGCCAGUACAACAACCGCUCGAGGACAAGGUUGGACAGAGCACAGGGACGUCCGAUGAAAAGUCUGACGAUCGAAACGAAGACGGCGGAGACGGUGGUAGUAGUAGUAGUAACAGCACCGAAACCAAAAACGAAACCAAGUUACCUGAGUUCGGUGACAAAACUACUGUUAAACCUAUCAAACGGAUCGUGGUUACGUGAUCUAUUUACUUGAAUAAUAAUAUUAAUAUUAAGUACAUAAUAUGCGUACGAUGUGUUUUGUAAUUAAUUUUCCUGUGAGAUUCCUAUAUUAACCAUUUUCAAAUCUUGUUUUUCCUUUAAUAAUGAAUAAGAUCAAAAUGCUUGAAUAUUUUUAUAACUAAUGUAAAACUUCACUA